AUGUUCAAUAUUGUGACACUGGCUCUGUCUGCUGUUCUCUUUGUGAAGUACAUAUUUCUCGACAAGUCCACCACCUUCGCAACGAGCGUCCCUCCCGCUCCAUCGUCAUCGGCCCCGCCUAUUGACUCCGCCCCUGUCCCUGCCUGCCCGAUCAAGAUGAGCGAUGGACCCGCAGUUCGACAGAGACACACAACCAACUCUGGCAGUUCCACCACUUACUCUGAGGAAUGUCCCCAUCUCACUGAGCCCCUCAAUCAAACCUCAAUAUCAUCGUCCACAGCAUCUAAUGGAGUCCUCCCCACCCUUCAGUCUCCACUAACACUACUCAAUGGCUCUCCGGGCAUUUCCGGCUGUGGUGUGAAUGUGGCUGUUUCUGUGGAGAGAGAGAGUCUGCCGGCCCUCGGUGCUGGUCCAGAUGGGAGGCAAGAGAUAAUGUUCUCCUCUGUGGCAGUGCAGACGGUGGCCGAGGAGGGUGGGGUGUUUGUUGCGCUGCGUCAGAACAGUCUCAGCGGCAGUGACACCAGUGGAGUGGGUGCCUCUGGUGACGAGGUGACGACGGGAGAGGAGGAGGAGGAGGAUGGGAGGAAGAGAGGAGAAGAGAGGCCUCCGAGACCUGUCGCAGAGUGCCUUUCCAUCUUCCAAUCUGAUGCUGGCCCAGUGUCUCUGUCUGACGUGGAGAUCUUACAGCUGGUGGAGGGGAAACACAUCCCAGCCUACAAACUUGAGUCUGCUCUCGGAGACCCUGAGAGGGGCGUGGCCAUUCGGAGGAAACUCAUCACACAACAGCUGGCCCCAGACUCUGCCUCCUGUCUCUCCAACCUCCCAUAUCUCCACUACGACUUCUCAAAGGUGAUGGGAGCCUGCUGCGAGAACGUUGUUGGGUACAUGCCCGUCCCUGUGGGCGUCGCCGGACCACUCCUACUCAACGGGGAGUACUUCCACGUUCCUAUGGCAACGACAGAGGGGGCGUUGGUGGCGAGCACGAAUCGCGGUUGCCGGGCGUUGGCUCUCAGCGGGGGAGUCAAAUCUCAUCUCCUCGGUGACGGAAUGACGCGGGGACCAGUUGUGCGAUUCCCGUCGGCUGCAGAGGCGAGUCGAGCCAAGUUGUGGCUGGACAAGAGAGCCAACUUCCCCACUGUGGCCGAGGCGUUCAACAGCACCAGUGGGUUCGCCAAACUAGUGGGGAUACAUGCCGCUGUGGCGGGGAGACUCCUGUUCAUCAGGUUCAAGGCCACGACCGGAGACGCCAUGGGCAUGAACAUGCUCUCCAAGGUAUUGAAGACCACCGUGGAGGCACUGGUGGACCUGAAUGUGUGCAAGAAUCUGGUGGGGUCAGCCAUGGCUGGGUCAGUGGGAGGCUUCAAUACCCACGCAGCCAAUGUUGUGUGCGCCAUCUUUAUUGCCACUGGACAGGAUCCAGCUCAGACGGUGGGCAGCUCCAACUGCAUCACUCUCACAGAGAAAGGAGGUUCGUCUGGAGAGGAUCUGCACAUCUCUGUCACCAUGCCCUCCCUGGAGCUGGGGACGGUGGGUGGAGGCACCGUGCUCCCUGCUCAGGCCGCCUGCCUCAAGAUGCUGGGCGUCCAAGGACCCAACAAGGAGGCUCCGGGGGAGAACGCAGCACAGCUGGCGAGAGUGGUGUGUGGAGCUGUGCUGGCUGGAGAGCUCUCCCUGAUGUCUGCCCUUGCUGCGGGCCACCUAGUCAAGAGCCACCUCACACACAACCGAUCAAAGGUGAAUCUCCUCUCUUCCAUCCCCGAGACUCAGUCUCCGCCACCUGAAGCUGCUCCAGCUGCCGAGAAAUAGACCGUCGAGAUGAAUGACUUGCUCAGUGUGCUCUAUUUGGGAUCCACGUCAUCAUCAUCACUUGAUUAUAGAAAACUCUCAUCCUUUCUAUUCUGUAACUUUAAUCCCCUUUCCUCUGGUCAUAUUUUAGCCUUUCCAGUUUUAUUCAACUAUAAUAUAUAUUUUGGUGAUGAAAGCAAGUGAAAUUAUAAGUCGAUAAGUAUGCUGUGAUGGUGUACAUACUAUACUAGUAGGUGGUGGAUAAAUGAGAGGUGAACAAGACCUAUGAUAGGUCCUCCAGUUUUCCUCUGAGCAUGGAGAUAGUGGUGUGGAGUGAGGACACCUGCCUGGCCCACUGUCUGCGCCGAGACUGUGCCUCCUGCAGCUGUCUGCGAAGUCUGGUCACCUGGGCCUGCUGACGCCUCUGUACAAC